CGUGCAACUUGCUUAGUUACUAUUCACUAGUCGACGCAGCUAACCCCAUAAUAUUAAUUCGCAACGGAACAUAAUGACUCACUAAGCAAAACAUUAACAUUAAAGCUGGCAUAGAUUUAGUUUUGCGUAGUUGAACUAAUCUCUGACAUCAUCAGCGAUUUGCUUUCAUAUAGUUCAAUUAAAUCUGAUCCUCCAUUUGUUUACUUUACGAAUAUUAGAUACCUACUAAAGAAUAAGAUCUGCAGGAACUAGAAUGUGCGAUCAAGGAGCAGAAUUGGCUAUGUUUGCAAUGUGGUGUUGUCAACUGUGGCCGGUAUGCCAACGGACAUGCAAAACAUCAUGCAGAAACACUUGACCAUCAACUAUGUAUGAGCUGCGAUGUAUACUCGGUUUACUGUUAUAAAUGUGAUGACUAUGUAUCAAACGAUGUAGAUCUUCAAAGUAUAGACAAAAUAAGGCAAAGUAUUAUGCAUGUUAGGAAUAAUGGAGACGCUGAACCAAAUAGCAACAUAGAACAAAUUGAAGAUGUCAACGACAAUCAGAAUCCCAACAGUCCUAUAUCUAAUGAAUUGGAUUCAAGCGAUAAGAUUGGAUUGUCACCGAGUAUCAUUGAAGACAAUAGCAUUGAAGUGACACCGACAAGCUCAUGUGAUGUUCCGAGCUCAGAGCCCAGUGUCUCUGAAAUACCAGAUAAUAAAACAUCAAAGACUACAAAGAAUCCGGAAGAACCAGUCCGCAGCUUGCGACCACGUUCACGGAAACGAUCUCAUUCCGAAGACAGUAGCUCUGCAGAGAAUACAAGUCAACCUUCCAGGAGCAAAGAGAAGAAAUCAUCUCCUUGUAAUGGAAAAAGUCAGAGAGAAAAGAAGAUAGUAGGUUUAAAAAAUUUAGGCAACACAUGUUUUAUGAAUGCGGUGCUGCAGAGUCUUAAUAAUAUACAGGAAUUUAGUUGUUACUUCAGUCAGCUGCCGUCGUUGGAAAUGAAAUCGAACGGACGUAAAGUUUACCAUUCAAGGAGUUACACCCGUCAAGAGAUGCAUGACGUUGUGAUGGCAGAGGAGCUCAGAAAGGUACUUAUAAACCUGAACACGGGCGGCUGCGGGUCGAAGGGCGCCAUAUCUCCAGAAUGCCUGUUCCUGGUCAUCUGGAAGGUGGUUCCACGGUUUCGCGGCUACCAGCAACAGGACGCGCACGAAUUUUUGCGGUAUAUGUUGGAUAGACUGCACACGGAGCUGCAGCAGCUGCUGCCGACGGAGCGGCCCGCCGCCUCCAUCGUCACGGCCGUGUUCGGCGGAACGCUGCAGAGCGAGGUCCGCUGCCUAGCUUGUGGUACAGAUAGUAAGAAAUUUGACCCAUUCCUAGAUCUGUCUCUGGAGUUACCCGAGUCAGGUAGACAUGAGUCUCCGGUGGCACUCACUGACUGUCUCGCGAGUUUCGUUCAGGUUGAAGAGCUGGCCGAUACAGAGCGUUACUUCUGCAGUAGUUGUAAAUGUAAACAGAAAUCAACCAAGCAGUUUUGGAUACGGAGAUUACCCAAUGUUCUAUGUUUACAUCUCAAGAGAUUCCGAUGGCAUAAUUAUUUUAGGACAAAAGUAGACACAAACAUAUCGUUCCCUCUGAGCUCGCUGGACAUGUCCCGCUUCGUGCUCGCCAACGUGCCCGACACGCGCCGCUCGGGUCGCGGCAGCUUUCUGUACGACCUCGCCGCCGUCAUCGUGCACCACGGCUCCGGCGCCGGCUCGGGCCACUACACGGCGUUCGCCAUCAACGAGGAGCAGUGGUUCCACUUCAACGACCAGACGGUGCGCGCCACGGACGCCAGCGCCGUGGCCUCGUGCAAGCCCUACAUCCUGUUCUACAUCCGCCGGGAGUUCGCGCUGCCCACCGCUUCGUGACCGGUCGGGCCGGACGGGCCGCGCGAGCCGGGCGAGUCGGCCGACGACAGCUGCGAGCCUGAUAUGCCGUAACCGCUAGGGCACGGCACGAGCGUUAGGUUUCUUGACUACGUUUUCAUUUCAUAAUAAAAAGUUCCAACGAGAGCUCACGCCAAAUUUCCCUUUGGAAUGCGCCAGUUGCUGUCUAUCUAUCGGCAGUUUGUAAACGUACUGGCAGUAGUUACUUCCUAAUAGGAAGGCUAAUAUAUAAUAAUUGCCUGGCUAAUUGGCCAAUUCUGAAUUCAACCAAGUCAGGAAACCUGUCAUUUACACCCUGCCUUAAUGUGAUUUCGAAACGUGUAUCUGUGAACGUUUUGUCUCAUACAAUAACAUUCGUACGUCGGGGAUGGCCGUUUAUGGAAAUCUUAAUAACAACCCGAUUCGCGAUUCAGCUGUUGUGCGUUGUUAACGUAUAGGAUGGUGUGACUUCGAAUUUACACUCAUAGCUGUGGCAUGUUCAGACUAGUGAAAUUACUGUGCAGCUCAUACUUUUUAGUCUUCGGCCAGUAAAUAUGUAUUAGACGCAUUAUUAUAUAUUAAAUUCAAUCUCGUUUGGCAUGAUCUUGGCACUCGUAUUUAUAUAUUAUGACUAUUCGAUUUUUGAAUAUGAAUUAAGAAUAUUGGAAAAGUUUCGCUUAUUAAAAAUCACAUAUUCUGUGACAUCUGAAAAGUUCUACUCAUAUCAACAAUUAAUAUUUAAAAAAUUGGAGCCGAUCAGUCUUUUUCAUAUCUUCUCAAUAAUACUUCUGCCAAUAUUAUGUAUUGGCAGAAUAAUUUGCGCCUAGUGCAGAUACAAGACAUUACAAAUAUUAAAAAAGUAGGAAAAGUAAUAGGAUUUAAAAAGCCGGAUUGGAUUUGUACCUGCGAUCUCCGUCUUAGAUCUAUAUGUUCGACUGGACACAUCUCGGCUCUCUUUAAAAUGACUGUCCUAUAAUUUAUUUCAAUGGAAAUGUGUUUUUAUCAAAGUAAUAAUUAAUAUCGAUUUAAAAGGGCUGGUUGGCCUCUUUCCGGUUUUUAAAUAUCCUUAUUAGGUGUCAUAAAUAUAAUUGACAAAAUAAUAAAAUAGUUGUUGAUGAAUUAUAAAUAUUUAAGCUUACCUAUUGAAUAUACAAAAUACAUGUAAUUUUAACAUUGACUCUUUAAGUGGGCGACUGACCUAAAAUUUUAUCGUUAUGUAUCAUUUGCAACGAACGUGACCUUAUGACGCCAGUCAUAAUGUGCGUGCUCGUUGCGAGCACAGUGAUUAGCCGUUGUUUGCGAGUGCGGGGUUUAGCCGUGCUAGUUUUGAGUACGGUAGAUAGCCGUGCUAGUUUUGAGUACUGUAGAUAGCCGUGCUAGUUGCGAGUGCGUUGUUAAUGCUAGGUGCGAGCCAAGUGCUCAGAUGUCAGACGAUAACAUAAAUAUUAAAUGACAUUCAUGCGAUACGUGCGAUGUGCUCGCAACGAUGACGUCGUCGAUUUUUACUGACCUAUUUCUGUGACUCACCGGGACACCGACAAUGAGGACACUCUGUGCUCCUCGUGGGAGGAGGCUCGGCUCGCUGUGCUGACUACACUAUUGCUCACAUUGCAACAUGUUACAUUGUGUUCAAAUACAGGCCAGUCACCUUUAGACGUCUGUUCAUACCGAGCACUUUACACGAUGAAAUACUGUUUGCUUCAUUUAUUUGUUUAAUUUUUGAAUACGAAUAAUUGUAAAGCAUGACAUUCUUACAUUCCUAAGAAAUAAAUGUUUUUUUUUUAAAUGUAUUCACAGCGUUGUACGCAGCGUUUGAAAGCUCGUUAACAAUAUUGUGAUAAGGAAAUGUGUGUAAAUAGAAGGUUUUGAUGAUUUGUGUCGUGAAGUGGUCUCUUUUGCAAGUACCUAAUUGUUUAACAACAGGUUUAUUUUAAUUACUUCAAUUACUGGAAGUUAAUAGUGAUUGAAUUUAAUAAAUUCGCCAACUUAA